AUGCAGGAUGUAUUGCCAGAUAUGCUGUCACGCCCGUGUUUGGACGACAUCAUGCCCGACAAUGCCAUACCGGUGCGUGCGUUCGCGAUGGGGGAGAGGAACCUGCUGGGAGAUCAAAGGACAAAUGAAUUCGUGAAGGUGUUGUGCUCUCACUUACGGGCUGGCAGCAAACCGGAGGCUACAUCGGAGGAGGUGGAGGAACUCCUCAAGAUCUGGGACAGGUUGAAGGUCGAAAACGAUAACGUGGUGGUGGCGAUAGACGGACGGAAAGUGCCUUUU